AUGGAUGAAUAUUUUGAACUGUGUGAAAUAAUUGAAGUGAAGAAAAGAGAUAUUACUUUAAGCAAGACGAUAACCAUUGUAAUUGGAUAUACAUUGCGGCAACUGAGCAAAUCAAAAUCAGGACGGUCCCUUGAAGAAGCUGUUGCUUAUUUUAAGUAUGAAGGCAAAGUCAUUGCACAUAAUGACAAGCUAAGAGUAGAUCCAUGUGUCCCAGUAUCUUGGUACGACUACCCCAUUCAACGCACAGUACAACUGCUGUCUGAAAUGCUCGGAAUGACUGCAAUGUCAAACUGCACGGUCAUUCUCAUGGUUGGUGGACUAUCGCAAUCGAUCGUGCUUCAAAAUGCAGUUAAGGAAAAAUUUCCAUAUAAAAAGGUAGUUAUUCCACCAGAUGCUGAGCUAGUCGUUGCUAAGGGAGCUAUAAAAUUCGCAUACAAUCCUUUGUCGGUACAAUCACGAAUUGUGAAAUAUACGUAUGGUAGUACACACAAAUACAGUGAAUCAUGCUCUCACAAAGUUGGUCGCCGAGAGUUAGACAAAAACGGUGAUAUGAGAUGCUAUGACAAUUUCGUUCUUAUUGUUAAAGAAGAUAAGUCAGUUCCCGUCGAUGAUGUGGUAGAUGGGUCCUUGUUUGGUCCAAUUUAUCAAACGCAAAAUAUACUCACGUCCGAAAUAUUUAUAUCGACAUCAACGGAUACUGAACAUACAACAGAUAGCUCAUGCACAAAAAUUGGUCAAGUCACAUUCAAAAUCCGCGAGGAAGACUUUGAAAAAGGAUUCAUUUACAAACAUAUUUAUAAAUUCGGUGGCACGGAAAUCAAAAUUACAACAAUGAACACAGAAUCGAAUGAGGAAAUGGGGGAAGAAACAGAAGUUGAAUUCAGGGGAUAA